AGUGAACCCCCAGAAACCUGUACCUAUGUGUUGUACAUACUGCUAUUCAGUAUUUUAUGGUUGGAAAGUCACUGCGCCUUUGCCCCCUGUCGGCCACCGUAGUUUGCCACUGAGAAGUCAAAAGCAAUUUAGGUCGUGUGUUUCCAGCGCCCUCUGGUGGUGUGUGUUCAUACUGCUGCUGUGAUGGACUGCUCUUCUAGCAUGCUAACAUGGGCACAGCUAAUGACUUGGUGAAAUGGGACAAACAGCAACAAGACAAUCGCACGUAGGACUGUAUUUGUAUAAUUACGUGUUCGUCUUGAAGGGGAAUGACACUGAACUUACGGGUGUUGAGCAUCUUCACCAGCCCAGCUCAGAUUUGAAGGAUUGGUGACCGGCUCCUGCGUCAGUCAGCACCGCAGAAGCAAGCCACCGAAUUCCACGGCGGUGGCGGGUCAGGAGUAGAUAAUAUCAAAAGGAUGGCAUCGCCCUUUGUGCCUGUCCCUGUGCCCUUCGACAGAGCCUCAUCAAGCGGUAGCAAGAAGCUGCGACGGCCACAGCGGGCUUCCUCGCUGGGAAGCGUCUCCAGCAGCUCGGCGUCCUUAUCCCCAAUAACCAGUUCCACCGUGGACGAGCAUGGAAGAAGAUGUGGAAGUUCCCCACGCCAGUCCCGUGGCAUGGACAGAGGCGGCCGGAGCCAGACGCCACCGCCUCUCCGGAGCCCGGUGUUGCAGACGAGGGUGAAUGGGACUCUUGAGCGCUCCUUGGAGUUUCCAAGUUGCCCUCGCUCUGUGUCGGAUCCUGUAGGGAGCCAACAGGGAGGAGGAGGAGCGGAGAGGCCAAUCACCCCAACAGUGCUCGGCUACGAGGUCAUGGAGGAGAGGGCAAAGUUCACGGUUUAUAAGAUCCUGGUCAGAAAAACUACAGAUGAGAGCUGGGUCGUUUUCAGGAGGUACACAGACUUCUCCAGACUCAACGACAAGUUAAAGGAGAUGUUUCCUGGAUUUCGGCUUUCACUGCCUCCAAAACGGUGGUUUAAAGACAACUAUGACAGCGACUUCCUGGAAGACAGACAGUUGGGACUGCAGGCCUUUUUGCAAAACCUAGUUGCACACAAAGACAUUGCCAACUGCCAGGCAGUGAGAGAGUUUUUAUGUCUGGAUGAGCCGCCAGGGCCCUUCGACAGUUUGGAGGAAAGCAGGGCUUUCUGCGAGACUCUUGAAGAAAGCAACUACCGCCUGCAGAAGGAACUGCUGGAGAAGCAAAAAGAAAUCGCCUCGCUCAAGAGGAACCUCGAGGAGAAGGAACGAGCCAUUCUGCUGCUGGAAAAACAUAUGAAUGGCGAGUGUGUGAGCUCACAGUCUCCGUGCGGCAUCUCUGCUCAGGAAAGUGAGAGCAGUGCAGACGUAGAUAUGGAAUCAUCUGCUGCAGAGGCUGAUCAGGAUAUUCCUAGCAACAGCGGUGGAAAUUUGGAUUAUACUGUAGACGUUAUGGUGCAUGCCGUGUGGACCACAGAAUGCGGGGGCAGACUGGAACAAUUUACAGUCUUCAAUCACAAGGGUGACCAAGCGUGUCCUAGGUCUGCCCCUGGCCUCCUCCCAGCUGGGCAUGCCUGGAACACCUCCACCAGGGAGGCAUCCAGAAGAGAUCUGGAGUAGAUGCUCGAGCCACCUCAACUGUUGUGUUGUUCUCAAGGCAUUCCAUCGAUCGCAACUGGACUGUUGCGGAUGGAUGGAUGAGAAUAUUCACAGGCAAGGAACGUAAAUGGUGUGUGUGCUUUACUUUAAACAGAAGACCUACAUUUAUUACGCAUGAAUAAAAUCAUCCUACUUAUCGGCUCGUAACGGCUACAAAAAAAUCAUCCAAAAUGUAGAAGUAUUUUGAAAGGGUUAAAGACGACUCCGAGAAAGAAAGCUGUGUCAGCAGCUUCUUACAUAUCACAUGACAACAACCAAAGGCACAUCAUUUAAAACGGGUAAGGCUGUUACACCAACGUCAUUUUAUAUCCCGACAGUGGAUUUUUAAUCCAGUAAAUUAGGCUGCUAACUGAGAGUUUUGGCAAGUUGUUGUUUUUCACUCCAUGUUGUUUCUUUGUUCCUUCGGUUUUGGUUUUGUUGAACGUGGUUUGUUUCUAGAGAUCCCCAUUAGCUGUCCUCUAAAACAAAAAAGAACAACGUUCGACGAUCAGUCGACUGUGGGCAAAAUCUAACAAAUCAGAUUCGACUGUGAAAAUCCCGAGGCAAAGUCCACCCAAAUUCAUACCGUAUGUUUAACAUGUUGACACGUUGUGUCAUUAAAAGUUUGAUGACUUCCUGUGUCUAAGUGGCCCCAUUUGUUUCCUCCUCAACCCAGAAUUGUGAACCUCAACUGCUUGUGUUGACAUGAGUCAUCCGUUCCAAGUGACAGAAAUAAAUGUGAUGAAUGUCUAUGUGAUUCCCACUGAUUCACCCUCAAAACGCCAAACUUCCAUAGGUAAUCAUCGAAAUAGGGUCCAAUUAAAUAGGGUCAUGAUAAAAUUUUUACCAACUUUACACCCCGUGGUUGUUUUUUUUUUUAUUGUCACGUGGCUCAUUGUAAAAAUAUCACUAUAUCAUGAUGUUAUUAUAUCAUUAUAUAUUAUUAGCAACAAAAAAGCCCAGCAAUAACAGCAAAAAUGGAAAAAUGUGUUAAUUUUACAAGAAUAUAGUCAAAAUAUUAAGAGAAAAAACGUAAUUAAUUUUUACCAGCCUUAUCCUAGUAAUUUUAUCAGAAUAAUGUUGCAAUAUUAUGAGGAAAAAUUGUGUCGUUUUAGUAGCAUGACG